GUUCAUUUCUGGUCAGCUGAUCGGAGAGGAGACACCAGGGGUCCCGCUAGCCGCUAACAUCUACAACAUUAAUACCUAAUGUCUCCUCGUCUAGACAGCGUCUGAAAUGCACUGAUCACACCCCAGCCUUUUAGCCAUCUCACAUCCGAAGAAAACCUGGGUUUCUAGCCGAGAUUCUCCGAGAAGCUCCUGUUUUAGUUUGUGCUCGGCAGCAUCUCGGAGCGGAUCAAACAGCAGAUAGAGCCCUGUCCCCUGCCUCUGUUCUCCUCUGUUUACUGGAAAGUUCCUCUCCGCUCCUGGCCACUGAAAGGCCUUUUUCCAACUGCAGUGCCAGCAAAGGACGCUGAGAAAGCCACAGUUUCAGACUGAACUGGAUUCAAUGAGGGAGCCAGAGCGGGAGGAGCAGCCUGAAGACAACAUGCCCCCCAAGUUUAAAAGACACCUCAACGAUGAUGAGGUCACAGGAUCCAUUCGUAGCGAGAGGAGGAACCUACUGGAAGAGGACUCUGAUGAAGAGGAAGACUUCUUUCUGAGAGGGCCUACUGGUCCCAGAUUCGGACCUCAGAAUGACAAAAUCAAGCAGGUGCAGUCGCAGGUUGAUGAGGUAAUUGAUGUGAUGCAGGAGAACAUCUCCAAAGUGAUAGAGAGGGGCGAGCGUCUCGAUGACCUGCAGGACAAGUCAGAGAGCCUAUCAGACAAUGCGUCUGCCUUCAGUAGCCGAGCCAAGCAGCUGCAUCGGAGGAUGUGGUGGAAAGACAUGAAGAUGAAGAUCAUAAUCGCCUUGGUUGUGGUUGCUCUCCUGCUGAUUAUCAUUGUUCCAGUAAUCCUGCGGUACCACUAGUGUCUGGCAAUGAGGACGGGGCAGAAUCCUCCUUGUCCUCUUGGUCCUCCCUCUCUCUCUCCUGCACAGUCCUCCACUCCAGCUAGGGGGCGCCAGCCAGCCUCCCACACCCUCCCUCAUGCUGGCCUUUGUACCCUAAAGGAACUUGUGGCCUCAGCUCAUCCUUAAUACAGAUCUUAUCGUUAGCAUUUCCACAAAAAGCAAUGUGAGAUCGGUCCUAAGGGUUGGUUUAAUCCCUGACUUGAAAUGAGGUUGCAGAGGGGGACACAGGAGAAAGACCUGGAGGGAUAUUUUAAGUUUAAACCAGGUGGUUUGGGAGAACGGGCUGUCUCUCAGCCCUCUAGUCAGUGAGAAGGAGGACUCCAUUUCAUGAUGUUACAUAUCACACACAGGGCCCUGGCUUUGUCUUGGCACCAAGGAAACUCAGGGCCCUAUAUAUUCCAUCAUAUAGAUAGAUACUGUAUUGGCAGGGAGACCACGCUGUCUUUCUGUCUUUUAGUUUAGCUGGUCUGAUUCUGCUGCAUCAACCUCAGACAGAGGCACUGUAACAUUCUGUGAGAUGGAUCUCAAAUGUUUACCCAUGAUUCCUUGUGCCCUCUCUCCCUGUCUCCACAUUAAAACACAAUGGAUGAAAAUGUUUGAAGGGAACUUUUUGUGAAUAACAAACACGUUCCCUGUUUCACACACACACACACACACACGUGGUAGGAAUACUUUUGAGGUUCAUCUACAUGUCUGUUGUCUGGGGGGGGGCUUCCUUUUUCUGCAUCUCCCCUGAUCUGAAAACACGUUCAAGUGAAAGCAUCGGGGAAGCUUUCUGACAAACAGAUUUCACUUUUCAAGGAUGUUUUCACAUCAGCACAUAUGGAUUGAGAAGGGACUUAGAAAUGGAGGCCACACAUUGGAAUAAAACCCUGCCUUUUUAGCAUCAUUCUACUCAGCAGAUCACCACUGUCCAUUUCUGUCUGCCUCUUGAUAGCUUAUUCAAUUGCAUACCUGGGGCCAUGUUAAGCCAAAACAUCCAGAUUAUGAAUGUCUCCCACUCCACUCCUAAGCCUCAUGCCUCCCUCCUUGGUUCUGCUGAUCUCUGGGGCAGUUUGGUCACGGCUGUCCUACAUUCCUGCUAGUGACAUUAAGCAGUCUCUCACUUUCCAGAUGGUUCUGUUUGGGCCUCGUUUCUAAUAUUGCUAUUGAUUUUAUCUGAAUUUUUUUAGUUUCUCGUUUCUGCUGGACGGUAAAUGUGAUGCUUAAUAUGAAUGUCUGCUGUAAUUCCCAUUGCCACUGAAGACGUAAAGACAGGGACACAGCUCAUCGCUGUGUACUGUUACAGUGUGUUUAAGGAGUGAUAAUUUAAGAGAUUUUGGUUAAAAGUGGGACUGUGAAACACACAAACAUAGGUGUCAUUGUGUCUGGAAUAUCUGUAUAAUACAAUAACUUCCUACAAUGUAAUUUCUUUUAUUAUUAUUUGUAUUGUAAUUUAUUUGAGCUGUAAAUAUUGAUUCUGUAAUGAUGUACAAUAAUCAUGCAUUGCAUUGGAAGACUGAUAUACUGUUCCUUUCCAAUCUGAAAUAAAGCAAUUUUAAGGGGCA